UAGUAGCGCCGUUUUACAUCUGCGGACUGCGUUUAUACUUUCCUGUGUGAGUAACGGUUAGGCGAAAAAACAUUAACGAACUCUCGCGAUACGCUUCAUUCCCCCUUAAAAAGCGGAAAUCGUGUUAGGUGAUUCUGUAAAUGUGCAAUUUUACUCUUUAUUAACAUCGGAUAGAAAAUAAACGGAAUCUGAAAAGUGCAUACGCAACGACAAAGUGACAGCGAAAUCCGCUCGAGUGGCGUGUCUGUAGAAGCGACUCUGUUUGGGCUUGCAUGACGUAAUUGUAUUGAUCGCAGAAGAAGAGCCGAAAGUCGCGCAUUCGCCAUCUUGGACGAAUUGUGGAAAAGAAGUAUCUGUGUCUCUCAGGCGCGGUACGAUUGUUGAGACUUGAGACUGUAAUCCGUGGAGAUCCGUGUAUUAAGUAGUUUUAAACGGGACUUAACCCCUUUGUGAACUGGUAACCCAUUUGGACGGACCAAGACAAACGGUUCGUUCUUUGGGUCUGAUUGGUACUAAAUGGUUGCCUGCAGACAGCAUGUCUACUCUGUCAGGGAUUUUGUCGAAGGGGGAGAAAGGAAAAUCGAAGUUUCAAUCAUUAGAUAUCAAUAAUUUGUAUCGGGUAAGCAGGGGAGAAUCUUUGGAACAACAUCAACAAAAAAAUACAUUACCCCGCAAACAUGGCAUGCAAACCCUUGGAAGGGUGCCCUCGGCACGGAGACCUCCUGCUAAUUUGCCCAGUUUGAAAAGUGAAACUAGUAGCAGCGACCCAGCUGUUAGUCUUGUACCUAGUGGAGGAAGUGGUUGGGCAACUACCAAGGAUUCAGGAACUACAAACACUAAUACUACUAUAUCUACAACAGCAACAGAUUCAAACACAACAAAUUCAUCACCAACACAAUGUGUAACGGGACAGACUGCACCAGCAUCUCUUCAUCCACUCUUACCAGGCCCACCAAGUGGUACUCCACAUUCUUCCGAUGUAAACAACAAAUCAUCAUGGAGCGCGAUUAUGAGCAAAUCAGGAGAUGCAGUGGUUGGAUACGCGGGGCUCGUGGGGGGCGGAAGAGGGGGAAGAAGUGCCCCUGGGCUGAGUUUCCUUGCCCACCAGUCCCCGCAGUUCCAACACGAGUUUCCCAGUCUCAGCGGACAGCCCUCUGUCUCCGCCUCCAAUCAGAGCCAGACUCAAGAGUCCUCGGCAACAUCCAAUGCGAUCUCAGUCGCUGUCCAACACCACUCAUUGCUACAGCAACAGCCAUAUUCCCACAACCACUCAGGAGGUCCACCAACCAAUCAACAGCAACAAACGAAUCGAGAAUUAAAUGCACAGUAUGGUCCUGGACCAAGUCUACGUCCUCAAACAGAAGGAAGCUGGAUUCAAGGAGGAAGUCGCACGACCAGCGGAACAACACCACCAGCAGGUGCUCCCGGAAAUGGGAAUACUCCGGCGGUCCAGGGCCCCCCAAUAAUCAGUGGUUCUGCAGGACAUACGGAAGCACUCCCUGGCGGCCGACAGAACUUGGGCCAGUCGCCCAACAUGGCUAUGGCCCAGGCAGGCCAGAGUACUUCCCCGAACAGUCAAGGUCCACUUCCUUCUGGCUCGCAUCAGGUUUAUAGAGGAAAUUUCCCAAGUGGAUUUCCAUCUCAAUUUGCACCAAAUGUAGGACCAGCAACAGUAGCAGCAGCAGCAGCGGCGGUAGCAGCAGCGGCAGCUGCUUCAGCACCACGGCCACGAUUCAAUUAUCCUCCAGAUCGCUUUCCUAUUCCUCAACGAACACAAGAACGCGAUCGAGCUUCAGAGGAAGAAAUCAUAACGCGUCCUAUUAUAAAAGAAGAAGAUUUAACAAGAAUGGACGAUAUCUCGCGUGACGCAGGUUGGGCAGCGCACGAUGAUAUUGAUUAUAACCAGAAAUUGGCUUUUAGCGAUGACGAAACUGAACCAGAAUUACCGAAAAAGGAAGAAAAGAAAGAUGUUGUCAAGACAGAAGAAAAAUUAGAUGAAAAUCUUUCGGAAAAUAAAGAUAAGUUAAGGGAUAAUCGUGAUAAUCGAGAAAUUGUAAAAGAUAAUAGAGAUCAACUAACGCAUCGUCCAUGGAAUCAAACCAAUCUAUCUCGAGAUUUACGUGGUUCUAAUGGUCCAAAUUGUUUCUCUACUCAACCAUCGCUGCAAUCGGUGCAUUCCUUGAGAGUAGAUGCAGAAGAUGACGAAGCGUGGUGCGAAAGACGCAGAGUAAAAGUUGAAGUUGCAUUUGUCGUUAAACGUGCUCGACAACGCAAGGAAGAAGAAGAAAAAAGAUUUCAAGAAUCUACUAAACAAGCGGCAGCUAAAAAAUUACAAGAUUUGGAAAAGAAACUACAAGAAAAACAAUCACGUCAAAAAGAAGAUGAACGUGGACCACUACCUGAACCGAAAGGUCUCAUUAGUGUUCCACCUGUACCUAUUCCUGUACCCGAAUGGGAGCGCGAGAAAGAAAUCAGAGAACGUGAAAAUCGAGAACGGGAACGAGAACGAUCUCGCACUUCUUCUGAAGGAAAAGAUGAUAAAUCUAUUCGCGAAUCUCGUGACUCUAGGGACAAUUUAAGAGAAUCAAGAGACACUCGCGAUCAAUUGAUGAAUGAUCGCCAGAUUGAACGACAAAAUGAUCGUCAGAUCGAACGGCCAAAUGAUCGUCCGAUCGAACGGCAAAAUGAUCGCCAGAUCGAACGGCCAAAUGAUCGUCAGAUCGAACGGCCAAAUGAUCGCCAAGUUGAACGGCCAAAUGAUCGCCAGAUUGAACGGCCAAAUGAUCGACCGAUUGAACGGUCAAAUGAUAGACAGAUCGAACGGCCAAAUGAUCGACCGAUUGAACGGUCAAAUGAUAGACAGAUCGAACGGCCAAAUGAUCGACCGAUUGAACGGUCAAAUGAUCGACAGAUCGAGCGGCCAAGUGAUCGUCAAAUAGAUCGUCAAAUAGAUCGUCAAAUUGAUCGUCAGAUUGAUCGUCAAAUUGAUCGUCAAAUUGAUCGUCAAAUAGAUCGUCAGAAUGAUCGACAAAUUGAUCGCCAAAAUGAGCGACAAAAUGAUCGGCAAAACGAUAGACAGAAUGAACGGCAAAAUGAUCGACCAAAUGAUCGACAGAAUUUCUUGAGACAAACAGAUAUAUCAACACGUAGCGAACGUGAAAGAGAACGUGAUCGUGAUCAACGCGAUAUUAGAGAUCGUGAAUAUCCUGGAUUUUUGCGACACUUCCAAACUAACAUACCGCCCAGAUUUCAAAAACAACAAGCAGAAAGAAGCGGUUCUGGAUUUAAUCGCAUUUCACCAAGUGCAGAAAGAUCAUCUUCUCAAUCUGUUUCGUUUGCUCAACAAUAUGACACCGGAAGAUGGGGCCAUAACCAUAAUAAUCUAAUAGAUAACAAUGCAAAGCAAUCACAUGCAGUACCACCACCCCGGCGAAGUAGAAUUGAUUCGGAUGUAUCUUUACCAUUGGAAGAGGAUCGUUCUUCAUCGCGCGAUCAUCGUGGACAACUGUCCAGAGAGGAUCGUUACCGUCAUCCUCCUACACAUCGAAAAUCAGGUGGCUAUUAUGAUGAAUAUUCUCGCACCUAUAAAGAUUAUGAUUGGGAAGAUAGACAUUCUCGCGAACCUUGGGAACGUGAGAGACAUUUCGAUGAUAAAGAACGGGAAGCAAACUUGGAUUCAAGAGAUGGUAGAGAAAGCAGAGAGAAUCGACCGAUUAGACAAAAUCGAGACAGCCUCGAAUCUCGUGAUCGGGACAAUAAAGAAAAAAAAGACUACGACAAUUAUUUGAAGGAUACUUGCGAUGAGCGCGAGCGUUGCGAUGAUAGAGAACGUUCCGACGGUUCCGAAUGGCGUGACGACCGUACUCAAGAAAGACAAACUGAAAAACGACGUGAAAUGCCACGCGAGGAACGCGUUGAACGUAAUGAACGGCCACAAAGACCAGAUUCGCGUGACAGUCGUACGUCAAGAGAAUCUAAAACAUCAUCGCGCGAUGAUGAGCCUCAUAAGUUGCGCGAUUGUGGUUCAUGGGUAAAUGAAAUCGCUGAUUAUGAAGAAAAGAAGCGAGAACUUUAUCACGAAAGUAAUAGAGAAAGAGAACGAGAAAGAGACAGGAGACAACCGCCCGGUCCUGUAACUAAAGAUAAAUUGGAAGCAGAUGAUUUAAAGAGCGAGAAACGUAACUUGACUCAAUUGAAAAGAAAUAAUAAUGAGCAAGAGAAGAAGGAAAUGGCGAAAGAAACAGUAAUUGAAACAAAAAAAGAAACUGACAUACGUAACAGAAAAUCUGAACGUAUAAAUGAAACAAGCAGUAGACCUUUAGAGAGAGGAGAUAGUUCUCCAAAAGCUUGGGCCGAUGCCGUAUCACCGACGUUUGAAAAGGAAGAGGACAAAAUAUUGGAACCUUUCAAAGACAUAAAUGAAAUAGAAAAUGUUAAACAGAAUUUAGAAAAAUUGACAUUAGAGAAAAGAGAGGAUGUGCAUAUUGAAGAUACAAAUAAAGAACAUAUGAAAGAGGAAAAACGUGAGAAGAAUACACGAAAUAGAACAAGCAGUGGAAGUUCUAGUUCGCGUGCUCGAGACUGUCGUGGCGGACGCCAAUGGGGAGGAUCCAUUUAUACACGUUGGAGUGGUCAAGAAUCUAGAGGAAGAAGAGGUGGCUCCAAGUCAUCGGGUAGACCAGCAUCCGCCAGAAGUGGUUCUUACGGUCAUACCGAUUCUGAAAAUAGUGCAGACGAAGUCUCCGGCUCAACUGAAUCAGGAAAAGAAGAGAGGAGAUCUGCAAAAUCACCCAAAUUAUCUCAGAAAAUUGAUAAGGAAGAGCGUAAUAGAGAAGUAUCUAGGCGAGAAGACAAACGAACUGGAGAAUAUUCUCAAACACGAAAUGAUAAACGUUCAUAUGAUGGGAAACCAAGUCGUGAAGGAUUCGCGCCAUCCGGCGAACCAUCCAGACGAGGUCGUGGUGGAUUUAGGAUAAGAUCUUCUGGUAAUAAUAGUAAUCGUAUGGAAGGAUAUGGACCACCAUCCAGUAAGAGUCCAUUUUCAUCGGAACGUAAUACUGAAGAAAAACAGAAUACUACUAAACAAUGUUCAACGACAAUUGCAUCGGACAAGGAGACAAAUAAUCCUACAAAUGCAACAAUAGAGUCUAGUGAUGAUAAAAUGAUAGCAAAACAACAGGCUCUUACAGCUGGCAUAACUGGUAGACGUACGAAGUCACCAAAUCCUCAAAGUCAACAAUCUAAUAAACAAGAUAGUCAUCAAACAUCUAGCAAUAUUGUAUCACAAAAACCACAUAAGAAAGAGGAAUCUCUUUCCAAGAGAACUCGCAGUGGAAGUAGAAAGAGUAAGGAUGCUCGAGAAUCACGUUUCCGUGGUAGCAGCAAUAAUGUAUCGAAACAAACCUCUUCUGACGUAGGUAACGAAGAAUGGGAAACAACCUCUGAAAAUAGCGAAGAACACAUCGAUGAUCACAAAGAAUCUCGCAAUAGUCGCAACAAACAUUUUAACGGACGUGGGAAUCAAAAUUCAAAUCAAAAUGCUAUGAGCAGUAAUUUACAUUCUCGUAGGAAUGAUCAAGGUGGGAAUAAUCGAGAUCAACGUGAAAAGAAUAGCAAGUCUUCCAGUGCGUCGUCAAGAGCACCAGGAGCGGAGAAACGGAAUGUUCCAAAUUCUUCAUUCUGUAAUCAAAGAAAUCAGUCGUCUAUAAAUCAAUCCCAAAAUGGUAGAUCAAGAAGCCAAGGUUCUUCGCAUAGUGGAUCGAUGUCCAAUAAAUCAUCUAGUAAUAAGGAAAAUACUGUAAAUCGUAUUGAUGAAAUCAAGUUAAAUGAACCAAAUUUGGUUAAUCAAGCCUUUAACGAAAUGAACAAAAAAGGACAAUCGAAAGAAAAGAAAAUAGUUGAUUCUGCUUCAGAUUCGAAUAAUUUCACAGAGGACGGAUCGACUAUUGCGGAAGAUAAACUAGACUCUGAUGGCUUCCAAGAGGUUCGUUCAAAGAAAAAUGUGAAGGAACCUAGACACCCCCAGAAAGAUGAUAUCAAACCAGUAGUGAAGAAAGAAAAGGAACGAGAACGCGAUCGAUCAAAAUCUAAAUCGAACAACGGAUCUCAACAAAUUCCCCAACAAUCUCAAAAUAUGCCAUUAUUAUUGGGUCAAUCUAAUCAGCAGCCAGUGAAUAUGCAACCGAAGCAAUAUGAUAAAAAUGCGAAAGGUUUGAAACUUCCACCAAGAUUGCAAAAACUUCAACGUAUGACGAAACAUCAACAACAGGCAUUUGUUGAUCCAAAUGACUUAAAUAAGAUGAAUAAUUCUGGUAACAAUAAUAUGAAAGAUUCGUCUGGUGGUCCAGCACCUCCACCUUCUGUGAAUGCUUGGGAUAAACCUUUUAUUAGUCUGCGUUCAAAUUCUCCUUCCGCCGUCCCAGCCGAUGUCCAAUUGAUGUCUGGUUUAACUUCGCAAAAUGAUCAAGUUCACGAAAAUAACGAGCAAGCUAAUUCUGGUAAUAGCAGUCAACGAAAUUCUCCAAGUGGUGAGAAGACUGGAAAAAAUACAAAAGAUACUCUCACAGAGAAGAAUGUUUCCGAUGUUUCUUCGCCACCUGUUCAAACUUUAAUUUUUGAGAACACAAAUUACUCGAAAACUACUAAAACAGCACCCGCUGAUUUGGCCAUGAAAUCGAAAUUUUCAAAUCACGUUCAAAAACAACAACGUGUAGACAAGCGUGCAGAAAUGGAAGAAGAAGGCAAUCAGAUGCACCAACAUUCACAACAAUCAUUAUCGGUUGCUUUCUCCAACAAACCAGGUGAUCUUAUGAAGAAUAAGAACCAGGAACCUAUACAAAUGCCUUUGUCAUUUAAUAAAAAUGAAGACAAUGCCGAUAUGAAACUCGAUUUUACAUUCGAUUCCGACCUAUCUCAACUAACAGAAGACAAGAGCAAAACUUUGGGAAUGACUCGUUCUAUGCACAUGAGCUCUGGACAAAAUACAAUAUCACCCUCAACAGCUGAACUUAAUUUGAAGAUAGCUUCUGUUAAAAAGGUUUGGGAAACUGCUCCUAUGCCGACUGUAGUCGAACAUGAAGAUGGUGGUAAUGUCGUCAGUACCGCUAACAGUUUUCCUCAAGCUUUUGAGAACAGCGACGUCGAUGAUAGUUACAGCCCACAUCAGCAGUACAACCAGAACAAUAUGAAAAAUGAAAUCACAACAUCUACGAACGUGUGCAAGCUGGUUCCCCCGCAGGUGAAGCCGCAGCAACAAUCCGCGGGAAGCAAUGGAACCCAACCUGGCUCUACUGUACCCGGUCCGAGUCCCAUUGGAGCUGGACAAAGUCCCAUGGGUCAUCCACCUGCUAGCCUUCAAGGACCUUUAAGCCCUCCGCCAUUUAAUUCAACUGGUCAACCUUCUCAUAUAAACUAUCAGGAAUUUCCUCAAUAUCCUGGAUCUCAAGCUGCACAAUACGGUAGCAUGUCUGCUAUACCUUCACCACCAGCAAUGUUAUUCAAUACAGGUUCUGGCCAAUUACCAGCACAAGCAGGUGGUUUAUAUGGUGCUUUUCAAUUGGAUCAAAGUCGUUCUCCUUUCACGCAAUAUCCGCCCUAUGGACCAUCUCUACAAAGUUCAUUCAACCAGCAAAAUGUAUACUUACCACAGCCACCACCACCGCCACCACAUGCUCCAAGUGCGCCAACUCCUGACAUGUAUCCCAAUAAUUUAUCUCAAUAUCGUAUUACUGCUGCAACUGCACCUCCAUUUGGACAAAAUCAGCAACUGAGUAAUAACCCGAAUACAGUUCUUAUUAGUUCAUCAUCGAAUUCUUUGAUGUCUGCCAGUGUUAAACCAUCCUCUCAACCAAUUGGUGCAAUUGGUACUAAGGCAGCGCCUCAUUUCCAAGCACCAUCUGCACCGCAGCCAAAUCAAUUACCUUACAUACCUUAUGAUCCAAACCAAGUUCUCAGUGUAAGCGGUAGUUACAUGGGUAAUUCUCAAUUGGUGCAAAGGCCGGGUCCUAAUGUACAGGCAUCGGCAAAUAGUUACUAUAGUGCCACUUCAGCUGAUGUAUUCCCGGGCUCGCAAACUGGCUUUUAUCAGCCAGGUGGUGCCACACAACAAACUGGCACUCACUAUGGUCUUCAAGGAUUUGGUCAACACAGUCAAAGUUUGGCAACUGGAAGUGCAACGCCUGUUGGUCUUCAAAACUUUAGUCCUGGAUUUUUAUCUAAUUCUGGAUUACAAAUAGCUGCUGCUGCUGCAGCACAGCAAUUUCGGAACCCAACCGGAGGUUUGCCUGCUCCAGCUAAUGCUACUUCUACAUUCCUAAGUAAACAUCAACCGCAGGAGCAACCUAGACAAUUAAAAAGUCCGUCAGGAAAUCAAGAUGUUUUAGCAUCUGUUUUCAACGCAACUCCCCAAAUACCAUCUCCUAAAUCGAGAAAUUGUAAGCAACAGACAUCAUCACAGCAGCCGCAACCAAGUCCUACACAACAUCAUAAAUAUCAACAAUAUCAGGGCGUUAAUCAAUCUGCUCUGGUAAGCAGCUACAGCAACUAUGUAUUACAACAAAAUGUACGAGGAAUGGGUAUGCCUCCGCGAGCUGGUAUACAACCAUCUCAACAACGCUAUCCACCGCCUAUACAGAGGCCUGUUGUACCUUUUGCGCAAGGCCCUACCUUAAAUAAUUCGACGCAACAACCUAAUUCCAUGCCGUCGCAACAACAAGCACAGAUUAAUAGACACAGACCAAACUUACAUCAGCAACAACAACGAAACAUUAAGAUGCAACAACAGCAAUACUAUUCUUCGCAAGGAAAUGUUAAGAUCGAUUCAAACGAUAAGACUGAUUCGCACAAUGAUAAGAUCAACGAUGGAAAUUCUGGAAAUCAAUCAGGAGGUAACAAAUCCAAUGUGAAUCAGCAAGAUAGUGAUACCAAGGAAGAAGUGAGUCAGCAAAAUGAGUGAAUGUGAAACCUGCAGAUAAACGACCCAUACACAAUUAAGUGUUGAAUCAAGCUUUAUUAAAACGAAUAACAGUAAAAAAAAUAAAAACGCAAUGUAGUAUUUCCCCGAUCGAAGGAGCGAAUUCCAUAUUAUGAAGUUUAUCUUAUGUUUGGCAUAUUGAGACAAACUGCUUACAAGAUUCAUGCAGAUAAUGGAAAGAAAGAUUUUAUUCAACGGCAUAUUAGGGAUAAACGAUUUGGUGGAAUUACUCUUUAAUUCAAACGUGCGGUUUUAAUUUGAUAAAAUACUUUUGCCGCGAAACGUCCUCGUCUCCAUGAUUAAGAAAAAAAAUGCGCUUGCUAAGCAUUCCCAUUUUAUCAAUCUGAGAUUCACGAACUUCAUUUAUAUCUCUAACGAUGAAUGUCGGACACGUAUUAAUAAUAAAACAAAAAAAAUAAUAAAUAAAAAAAAAAACGAAUUAUUUAGCGGAUUUUGCACGGGAUAAUCGAAAAUACAAAAAUAUCUACGAUCGUUUAAUAAAUGCACUCGAAUGAACUUCGGACGUAAAUCGGUGUUCGUUUGUGUACUUAAUUAGUAGUCGACGGUAGAUGACACAUUAUAUAGAGAUCGCAUCUUUUAAAAAGAAAAAACAAACAAAAAAGGUGGGAAAAUAUAAAGUGGGGCUGAGUUUAAUGUAUUUUCUUUGUUGUCGUCUCUAUUGCCGAUUUACAAUGCAGUGCGCAAAGAACAGAUGUAAGACAAAAAAAGUAUU